AUGCAGAGUUUGGCUAAAACGCUACAAGGAAGCAGCCACGCAAAACGGUCUUGAGUGACAACCAAUCUGCCCAAUUAGCUGUUAGAUUUACGCUUUGUUGAUCCUCCCGCUUAUUUCGCAACGCCCACUUUCAGACACGCUCAAUGUAUGCAGUUACCCAUGACUCCUAGCAGGCAAACUUGGUGCAUAGGCCACAGCACCACCCGAGUGUUACUGCCAAGCAAACCGUGACUACAUGGUAUUAGGUGAGACGAUCCUAUCAGAUCUUGUCCACCACACCAACAGCGGGAGAGCCUUACCUGGGACAACACAUCAGAAUCCUAGAAACUCCCCCUUCACUUUGGGCCAAGAGUGGUGCUCCUUUUGACCGAAUCAUCCAACGAUUCCUUUCGAGUGCUACAGGAGGAUACUCCAGAGACAAUGGCUGAUAUUGAGAGGGACAAUCAACACACAGAUAUACUGCAGGUGCAAAUCAAACAGGAGGACGGAGAAGAGCCUCACGAUACAGAGGACCGUCUCAAGAGUUCUAAUACCGGAGAACAGAAGCCUUGUCACAUCUGCCCUGAUUGUGGUAAAAGUUAUACCCGUUCGGAUAAUCUUAAAACACACCAGAAAAUUCAUAUGACAGAGAGGCCGUACCUCUGCUCUGAGUGUGGUAAAGGUUUUACCCGCACAGAUCAUCUGAAAUCACACCUGAAAACACAUGAAAGAAAGAAGAAGAAACUUAAACACCCCUGUACUGAUUGUGUGAAAGGCUUUGUCCAUUUGGAGCAGCUUGAAAAACAUCUGGAAAAAAAUCACCUUACACACAAGGAAAAGAAACCUCACGGCUGUCCAAGGUGCGAUGAGAGCUUUUCUGACCUGGAAGAACUAACAACACACUUGCCAGUACAUACUGAAGAGCUGGCCCUCUACUGCUCUGACUGCGGUAAGCGGUUCUUACACAAAGGAAAAUUUGAAAGACACCAGAGAGUACAUAGUGGACAAAUGCCAUACAUAUGCACCCACUGUGGGGAGGGUUUUACACAGGCACAUAGUUUGAAACAUCACCAGCGAAUACACACUGGAGAAAAACCCUACCUCUGCAACGAGUGUGGGGAGAGUUUCAGACACGAUGCAACGUACAGGAGACACAAGCGCAAACACGAGCUACCACUCUCUGAAAAGAAAGCCUAUCCUUGCUCAGUAUGUGGGAAGACUUUUACCCGCUCCGAUGGAGUGAUGAGGCAUCUGAGGAGGUUCCAUUACGGAGAGAGAGCUCUCCAGUGCUCCUGCUGCGACAAACGUUUCUUUCAACAGGACACACUAACCACACACAUGAGAAUUCACACUGGAGAGAAACCGUACAGUUGCUCUGACUGUGGGAGAAGCUUCUCACAAGAUGGCGACCGAAAGAAACACCAGAAGAGGCACCACACUGGAGAGGGCACUUCACCUCUGUCCCUCCAUGUGGACGGCACAGGGACGCACACACACACACUAUAACAGAGACAUGCACACUAACAGACAGUAACAGGCAGACUCAAGACACAAAAACAGGCCAGUGGGUAAACCAGGUUGCAAUGAAGUUAUUCUGACAGUUUUGGCUGUAUUUUUUGUGUUUGCGUAUGGUAACAUGUAUUUCUCUCUCUCGUUUAAGUUAAUUGGCAAGGCUAAUUUUAGCCCAACUUCUCACUGUUUG